GGUGCGUGGGAGCGAGGCACGCGGCCGCCGCCCGCGCCAUGUCGUUCCGCCGCGCCCUGGCGUUGGCCGCCUGCGGGCUGGCCGGCGGCUCCGCGCUCUUCUCCGCCGUGGCCGUGAGCAAGCAGCCGGCCCGCGGGGACGCCGAGCCUCGCCCGGGGGGCUCCGCCGCCGCUCCCCCCGCUCCCGCCGCGCCGCAGGGCUUGCUGCUGCUGCCGCCCGCCGCCUCCUGCCCGCCGGGCCCAGGUUGGAUCGAGCGGCCCGCGGGCGGCGGCGGCUUCUGGGACAGCAACUGGGACCGGCGCGAACCGCUGGCUCUCAUCAACCUCAAAAAGAAGAACGAGGAGACGGGGGAGGAGGAGCUGAGCUCCCGCCUGGAGCACUGCAGGGCGAGGGCCACCCGCCACAUCUUCCUCAUCCGCCACUCGCAGUACAACCUGGACGGCCGUGCCGAUAAGGACAGGACGCUGACCCCGCUGGGUCGAGAGCAGGCUGAGCUGACGGGACACAGACUAGCAAGCUUGGGAUUAAAGUUUAAUCAGAUCAUCCACUCCUCCAUGACCAGAGCAACUGAAACAACUGAAAUUAUAAGCAAAUACCUCCCAGGUGUCAAAAAAAUUAGUACUGAUCUGCUGAGAGAGGGAGCACCUAUAGAACCGGACCCUCCUGUCUCCCACUGGAAACCAGAAGCUGUGCAGUAUUAUGAAGAUGGAGCUCGAAUUGAGGCUGCAUUUCGAAACUUCAUUCAUCGAGCUGACGUAAAGCAGGAGGAGGACAGCUAUGAGAUCUUUGUCUGUCAUGCCAACGUGAUCCGCUAUAUUGUCUGCAGAGCACUGCAGUUUCCCCCUGAAGGCUGGCUGCGAAUGUCUCUUAACAAUGGCAGCAUCACUCACUUGGUGAUACGGCCAAAUGGGAGAGUGGCCCUUCGAACGCUGGGUGACACAGGUUUCAUGCCUCCAGAUAAAAUCACACGCACCUGAGGAGUGAAGGUGCUGGCUGCCUCUGGACUCUUUGCACUCAUACACUCAGCUACAGUACCACUAGAUUUUUAUAUGUUGUGAUGCUGUCUUAAAAAUGUCCUUCAGCCCCUUUGCCUCCUUCAUGCGCACUCAUAUCUGCCUUCCAGUAAAGAAAAGAACUCUAGGCCUGAAGCUGUCCUGUCCUCAGGUAUUCCUCAGAGCUCAAAGCUGAGCUGUGGAAUACAAAAAGAGUGAAUGUCUGUGUGCUCAGCAGCUGCAAGAGCACCGACUUUUUAUUCCCCUGUGAAUUCCUAUAGCCAAAGCUUGCUCCUGUGGAUAUUUUUCUUGUGCAGGAAAAUAAUUGCUAUGGGAACUGUAUGAACAGCCUUGUAUUGCACACUGCAGCUGAAGAUGUGCCAGCUUGUUUCAGCUGUUGCAGAGGAAGUGGCAAAAUGAAGGUGUUCUGCUGUUGACAGGAGAAAGGGUUAAGGCUUCUAUUCUCAUAAGCUGAGGAGGAUGUACGUUUUUGUUGUGUCACUGUUCCACUCUGCCCUGAGAAGCUCAUGUAAACUGUGCCUGAAGGUUGUAGGCAUAAAGAGGGUAAGAAAACAUUUGCCUCAGAGCUGUGGUGCUAGCAUUAACUGCUGCUUAUACUGAGUGUUCCUCCAUCCUCAGGAAGUACUUUAAACUAUUCUGAACGUUAUUUUCUCAGCCUCAUAAAGCCUUGCAUUAAAACUUGAUCUGUAGAAAGAUGUAGGGAUGGGAUUUGUAGCAGUAAGACAAAAGCAAUGUAAAGCAGUUUUAUCUGCACAUUCUUCUCGUUACUUUUAUAUUUACAAGGAGUAAACUUUUUUCCUUUGCUUUCUCCCAUGGAUUUCUAUUUGUGGAUUCCUUGCUUUUGGUGUAGAGAAAUAGCAGCACUGAAUUCAGGGCAGUAGUACUUCAGGUCACAGGUUCUUCAGGAUUGGGGCAGACAGCUGCUUAAAACUGCAGUUACCCAAAUGACAGGGCGUCUCUGGUCUGGCUUCUCUAGGCCAGAGCUUCGUGUAACCACCAGGCAAAUGCCUUAUGCUGAGCUAAGGUGCUCCUUUCAGUGGCUUUGGCACAGCUGGACUUGUGUAGGAAGAAUAGAGGUGGCUGAGAAUAGGUAGCAUUUUUGAGAGGAGGGCUCAGAAGCAUUUCAUCUUACCGGUGUUUGAUUAGCUCACAGUGCCUGUAAUGCUGAAAAGUUCUGUAUGCAUGGUCUGCUGUGGUGAUUGAUUGUGCACACACUGCAGUAUGGUGGACAUAAAUAAGGUGUUUUAUUGUCUAUAGAUUUUUCUUAUCUUCAAAAAUCUUAGAGGAAACCCCAGGCUGGCUCCUGUCAGAGCUGUGAAGCGUGAUUGUGGCACACCACCCAGCAAGACAAGGCUCAAUGUCUUGUUUCUUACAGGACUGCUACAUCAGAAUGACUCCAAGGGAACUGGGGCUCAUGGGGAAUAAAAUAUGGUCGUUGUAGUGCAGCUUGUGGGGGCAGCAGGAAACCGUUGUGAUGUCUGUCUCAUUGAUGCAAUGAGAAUAAUUUAUCAGGUUUUUUGUCUAUUAACUUUUUAAACGUUUUGAAUAAAAUAACUGGUCUGUCUUUC